CGCGUCAAAAUACACCAUUGAAAGCAGGCGAGCGUGUUUUGUUUUCAAUUCACCGGUUUGUAAACACAGGACUAUUGUUUGCUCUAGCUAGUCUACUCCAGGAUCUUUGUCAGUGUUGCUAACAGUGUUAAUAGCACACCUUCGCGGACUGGGCUCUUAAGAUACAGUAAAGAUUUGUGUACAUGAGGGUAAGACUGAGGUAAACAGGAAGUACCAGCGAGUCACGUGAUACCAAGAUGGUAGUUCCCACAUCCAGUAACACUGUGCUACUGGGUAACACCUACACAGCGUGCAACAAGCGGAAGUUGAUCAUUGCAGCUGUAGUUGGUGUUGGCGUGCUGGCCCUAGCACUGGGAGUGGGAUUAGGCGUGGGAUUACGGGAAGAUGACUCGUCACCCAAGUCUCGACAACGGAGGGCCGUGGAAAUACUAGCCAACUACCCACUCGUGGACGGGCAUAAUGACCUCCCUUGGCAGUACCGUACCCUGGUCAACAACUCGGUAUGGAAGGUGGAUCUGAAUAACUGGCCGGAAGUCCACACGGAUAUACCACGUAUAAGGCAGGGUCAACUGGGUGCACAGUUCUGGGCCGCCUAUGUUGAAUGUAAGAGCCAGUUCAAAGACGCGGUUACUCAGUCACUGGACCAAAUCGAUACCAUUAAAAAGUUUGUCGCGCGAUACCCAAAUGUGUUCAAGUUUGUCACCACCAGUGAUGGGAUAUUGGAGGCCCACAAGGAAAACAAAGUGGGCAGUUUGAUUGGUUUAGAGGGAGGUCACUCCAUCGACUCCAGCCUGGGCAACCUGAGGAUGUUCUAUCAACUGGGGGUCCGGUACAUGACCUUGACCCAUAGCUGUAACACACCCUGGGCCGAUAAUUGGAUGGUUGAUAACGGCAACGUGACGUAUCUAAAUGGCCUUAGCGAGUUUGGUGAGGUGGUUGUGAAGGAGAUGAACCGUCUGGGCAUGCUAGUGGACCUCUCACACGUCAGUGUGGCUACCAUGAAGGACGCCCUGAACGUGACCAGGGCGCCUGUCAUCUUCAGCCACAGCUCGGCCUACAGCCUGUGUCCACAUAACAGGAACGUGCGGGAUGAGGUCAUGCCCUUGGUGAAAACAAACGGUGGGGUGAUCAUGGUCAACUUCUACUCGGACUACAUCAAUUGCUCCAAAGUGGCUUCCCUGUCGCAGGUCGCAGAUCACAUUGACCACAUCAAGAACAAGAUCGGCGCGGAUCACGUGGGUAUCGGAGGGGAUUUUGACGGAGUGACAAGACUUCCGGUGGGUCUGGAGGAUGUGUCCAAGUACCCGGAUCUGUUCUCUGAGCUUCUUAGGAGGGGGUGGUCCAGUGCUGACCUGGAGAAGCUGGCAGGAGCCAAUCUUGUGAGGGUCUUCAAGCAAGCUGAGAAGGUCAGAGACGAGUUGGCCAGCUUGCCACCUUAUGAGAACCUGCUACCUGAGGACAGGUGGGGUGACCAGACCUGCAGGACUGGUAUCUAGAACCGUCCAGGAACCGGAUUAGAUAGCUCAACGUGUGUGUUUGUG